UAUAUAUAUAUAUAUAUAUAUAUAUAUAUAUAUUUACCAAAUAUUUAUCUGAGACAUAACGAAAUAGCUAUGCAAAAGAAAUGGUCUGUACUGUAGCUGUAUACCAAAAAGGUCUGUGCAUUAUGAAGCUUUCUUGCAAAGUGUAACUUAAUAAAUUUGUAUUACUGUGUUUUAUUCUCGAUUGAAAACGAAAAAAUAGGGAUUGCCUACCGUCGACCAUGCUUCAGCUGUUCCUGCUUUGUGCUUCAUUAUCACGGCAUAAUUUUCUCAAACAACCCGCAAUCAACGAAAUUACUGGAUCAAAGGGUUGAUAAUACCAUGUACUGAGCCAUUUCACUUAGGAGAAAAUCCUUUAUUUUUUUUUUAAAUAACUGCUUUUUUAAAUAACUGCUUUUGUUUAUAUGCUUAAACGUCAGUUAAAUAAAAUAAAGCAACAUACAGAAAUAUGCUAUUAAGCUUAUGCAGCAAUAUGUAUUACGCUUAGCUUAACUGUGGACUAACGUAUCAUUUAUCUGUGGCUAUGUUAUGACUAAGAAUGUGAACUGAAAUGUUAUGCAUGCAUUGUUACAAUGUAUUUUAAAUAAUCAAUAAAGUCAUUAUUAUUAUUAAUAUUAUGAUUAUUAUUAUUAUUAUUACAACCGUUGUUUACAUUUAUGACAGUGAAGAGCAUGAGCACCGCAAAAGUCGGUUUCAGUACCUUGAAGAGCACCACAAUCGAAAUCAGCUACUUUAAUUUUAUUAUAGGCUACACUAUAAAUAAAGAUAUACAUAUUUUCCAGUGAGGACGCAUUUUUUUGUGACAUUUUAUAAAGUUUAAGUAUAGAUUAUGAAGCUAAUUUAUAUCUUUUCGCUAGUACCUUUAAAACGUGAUUGGUGCCUGAAAAGCACAAAAUUCAUGACGCAUCUUUCCUUAAAAAUAGACGUGCAUUUGCGCAACACAUUUACAUAAACUCUUGGCACCUCCGUAUAUAAAUUGCCACAGCUUUGGCUCUAGUAUGGGCAUACACUUUAAUCCAAAUCUGGGACAAGCAGGAAAAAAACGCUUUUGGCAUCGGCUGCAUCAGACUUCAAUCGAUAUAUUUUAAAUAUAUUAAAAUACAAAGCAAUGAAGACGGACAGCAUUGGGCAAAAUAUUCCUUUCAGUGGCAGAAAGCGCAGUUUGAUUGAAGACGCCCGACGGGAGAGAGAAAGCGCAUCGUCCUCACCCGGACCCUCACGGUGCGGGGACAGCUUCGUGUUUGAAGACGAGAAAAACGGCAAAGUUACCCUUAACAUCCUAUUUGCACUCAAAAAUGAAAAAAAUGCAGGGUUUUUUAAAGCGGGAAAAGUCUUUGAGACUUUUGAAGCCAAGUUACUUCAUCUUGAAAGUCGACCGAGCAGGAAGUGUAAGAAAAUCGGUGGAGAUGAUCUGGAGUUCUUCAUGAGCUGUGAACUGCACUGCUCCCAUACCGACAUCUUCAUCAACUCCCUAAAAAGAGUCGCAGAUGAUGUACGAAUAUUGCAAGAGGAAAAGAUUCCAUGGUUUCCGAAAAAGAUUGCUGACCUGGACAAAUGCAAUCAUUUAAUAACAAAAUACGACCCUGAUCUGGACCAGGAUCACCCUGGUUUCAGCGAUCUGGACUACAGAAAACGAAGAGGAUUCAUCUCUGAACUUGCUUUCAAGUACAAGCAUGGUGACCCUCUACCUGUAGUGGAAUACACUCCUGAAGAGGUUGCCACUUGGAGGGAAGUCUACAGAAACCUGACCAGUUUAUACCCGAGUCACGCGUGCAGGCAGUUUCUAGAUGCUCUGGGACAGCUGGAGAGUGAAUAUGUGUAUGGGGAGGACAAAAUUCCUCAGCUCAGAGACGUGUCUGCAUUUCUUAAAGAGAGGACAGGAUUUCAAGUGCGACCAGUGGCAGGUCUGCUCUCCGCCCGAGACUUCCUUGCCAGUUUAGCCUUCAGGGUGUUCCAGUGUACCCAGUACAUCCGUCACCCCUCAGCUCCCAUGCAUUCCCCUGAACCUGACUGCUGCCAUGAAUUACUUGGACAUAUCCCGAUGCUCGCAGACAAAGAAUUUGCUCAGUUCUCACAGGAAAUUGGACUUGCUUCACUUGGAGCAUCUGAUGAGGAUAUUGAGAAGCUGUCCACGCUUUACUGGUUUACGGUGGAGUUUGGUCUUUGUAAACAAAAUGGAGCAGUAAAGGCCUAUGGAGCUGGCCUUCUGUCCUCCUAUGGAGAACUUCUGUAUGCCCUUUCUAAUGAGCCCCAAUACAAACCGUUCGACCCAGCCGAGGCAGCAAUCCAGCCGUAUCAGGACCAGUCAUAUCAGCCUGUGUACUUUGUGUCUGAGACCUUCGAGGAUGCCAAAAGCAAGCUGAGGCAAUAUUCAUCCACAAUACAGAAGCCAUUCUCAGUUAAAUAUGAUCCAUACACUUGCAGCAUGGAGAUUUUGGAUGAGCCCUCUAAGAUCCAUAAUGCUUUGGGGCAGCUGAGGGAAGACCUGAAAAUCUUGCAUGAGGCAGUGGAGAGACUUGCACAGAAAUAAGGCAGUGUGUGUGAUCUAGCAUCAAUAUCAGCAAAUGUCUAGAUAGACAAAAUGUAAGUCUUGCAUAUGUCAACAUGAAUACAGGCCUAAUUAUUUAUUUUGAAUUUGUUAUAGUAAAUGUUUUUUUUUUUAGCGAAUGAUUGAUUAUCAUUUCAACCCUGGUUUUACUACAAAAUGCAUGGUUAAACUAUGGUUAUGGUAGUAUAUUGACUGUAUAACAUGGAUACUAAAGUUAGAGUAUGGUUUAACUAUAGUAAUCAGUUAUAGUAUUUGGUUUGUUUGUUUUAUUUGUAGUAAAACUAUUUGUAGCUACAGUAGAGCAGGACCAUAGAUAUGUAUAAAGGCUAGAUGGCUUACCAGCGCUGAGAGCCAAUGGGACCCGACAACGUCACACGGCGGCCCUCUUAGGACAGGACCGCUCGUCCAGCUAUAACA